AUGGACUCCUGGAACAGCAAUCAACUGAUGUUCAUGAAACUUGGAGGGAAUGAAAGAUUGAAGAACUUCUUCCGCACAUACGAAUUGGAUGAUUUACCACCUGAGAAACUAUACAAAACUAUUGCAGCGGUACAAUAUCGAUUCUCACUAAAGGCACAAGUGGAAGGCAAACCUAUACCUGAUCCCGUCCCAGCAGAAUUUGCCUCCAGGAUCUGUACUGAAGAACAACUAAUAAGUGCUUCGGAUUACAGGGGCAAUAGUGACGGGGAGGGUGUCAGUGAAAAUGAUGAGGAAGAGGAGGAAGAGGAGGAAGAGGAGGAAGAGGGGAAAGAUUCGAAUGAAGGAAAUGAUGAAGAAGGGAAAGAUAAAUCGGGAAAGUCUGAGAGUGGUAUCAUAAAUAGCAUUGGUUCAAUACUUACCGGACUUACGGUUUCAGCGGGAAAUAUUGCUUCGUCUAUUCAAGUUAGCCAAAUUCCUCAGAAUGUAAAGCAGUCACUGGUUUCGAGUAAGAAUUGGGUGGAAGAAAAGGCUAAAAAUAUCAAAAAUAAUGCGCAGAAUUCUGAGUUUUGGCAAUCUAACCAAAUGAAACUAAAACAAGGUGCUGUUACGAUAUUCAAUCAACUUGAAAAUACAAUGAUGAGUGCAUCUGAUUGGUUUGAUAAACACUUGCGCAGGGACAAAACAAAUUCCCAGCCUUCUACAUCUAGUAAAAAUACUUCCAAAACAGUCUCCACAGGUUACAACUCAUGGCAAGAACCGGCGCAUUCAUAA